AAACUGGGCAAGAGCUAUAUUUUGUUGUUAAUGUCAACCUUUAACCAGGUGUAUUGAAUUUGAUAAAUUGUGCACACAUAACUGAGCAUGGACUGACAAUACUGGCAUCUCCAAACGGCAAGUAGUGGCAUCUAGAUAUCAAUGAAAGGACAAGCAAACUUCUGGAUAGGUCUGACUGAUGUCUUGGUGGAGGGACACUGGGUCUGGCACACGUCACAAACAACACCCGUCUACACUGACUGGCAUCCUGGAGAACCUAAUGAUGCGGGGCAACAUGAAGACUGUGCUUACAUGGCUAAUUCUGGUCACUGGGUUGAUUAUCCUUGUGAUGGAAGUACACUUGUUGGUGACUAACGCUCAGCCCCAUCAAUGCCCAUAUGGCUGGAAACAACGAGGGACAUCAUGUUACGCGUUUUUUACAGAAUUACAACUUAACUGGACAGAAGCAAUGCUAUACUGCAACGCCCUUCAUGCCAAAUUGGUAGAAAUAGAGACAGAAGUGGAAGAUGAAUUUCUUCGUAUUUACGAGAUGGAUCAUGGAUUAAAAUCGAACUUCUGGAUUGGUCUGACUGAUGUCUUGGUGGAGGGACACUGGGUCUGGGAGACGUCACAAACAACCCCCGCCUACACGGACUGGUACCCAGGGGAACCGAAUGAUAUGGGACACCGUGAAGACUGUGGUGGCAUGUAUUAUUCUGGGCACUGGAAUGAUUUUCCUUGUAAUACCACCCUUAGUUUCAUAUGUGAAAAAAAUUUGGACGAGAUCGAUGUCAUUGGAUGAUUGCUAAUUACAGUUGCCAAUAUUUGUUGGUUCAAAUAAGGAAUAUACACAAU